AAUUUUCUCGGUUUGAGCAUUUGAGGCUUUUUCUCAACCAAACCCUCGGAUCCACACACACUCCGCCUCUUCUUUGUCUUUUCCUUCCUUCUAGCGUUUUUCCUUUGAGCUUGAUUUAAAUGGGCGACCCGUAUGCCGUGGACGCGUCGUCGCUGCGGACCAACCUGCCUGCCGCUGUUGAGGACGAGCGCCUUGCGGUUCCCGUGAUUGACAUUGCCGCCCUCGCGCCCGGUGCUCCUGCGGCCGAUCGCCAGCGCGUGAUUGAGCAGCUGCGCUUUGCGUGCCGCGACGUCGGGUUCUUCUACUGCGCGGGCCACGGCGUGCCGCAGCAGCUGCUCGACGCGCUCUUCAGCACGACGCUCGACUUUCUCGCCAAGCCGACCGAGUACAAGCAACGCAUCGCCAUGUCCAAUUCGCGCGUCUUCCGGGGCUGGUUUGCGCUCGGUGGCGAACUCACGUCCUACCGCGCCGACUGGAAGGAAGGGAUUUACUUUGGCGAGGACCUCGCAGACAACCAUCCAGAUGUGCUCGCCAAGAAGCCAAUGCACGGUGCAAACCAGUGGCCCGACGUGCAGGACUUUCCAGAGUACAAGCAGACAGUCACGACCUACAUGUCCGUCAUGACCGAGCUUGGCCACACCAUCAUGGAGGGCAUUGCCGAAUCCCUGGGACUUGCGCCCGACUUUUUCCGGAAAGCAUUCACGGCCAACCCGUUCACGCCCUUCCGUCUGUUCCACUACCCUGCCGACCCUGUUGCCAAGCACGAGAACGGCGAGGAACGCUGGGGAGUCGGCGUCCACAGAGACUACGGAUGCUUGACUGUUCUGUCCUCGCCGAAUAUCAUCGGCCUUGAGAUUGAACUCAAGACUGGAGAAUGGGUCAAAGCCCGCCAAAUUCCUGGCACGUUUGUUGUCAACAUUGGCGACAUGCUGGAAGUCUGGACGAAAGGGGUCGUUCGCGCCGCACCGCACCGCGUCAAGAACGUGUCCAACGUCAACCGCAUCACUGCCCCGUUUUUCUUUGACCCCAACUUUGACUGCAUGAUCAACCCCCUGGACAUUACAUUUUCGGACGACGGCAAGACGGCCACUGCUGUAACAGCCAAGGACACGGACCUGUCCUCGCUUACAACCAACCCUAGCAUCCGUUCUUUGACCUUCCCGCUCCGCUAUGGCGACUAUAUUCUCAAAAAGGUCCAGAACAACUUUCCAGAGCUGGAGCAAAUGUCUCUCAAGUAGUCAGCCACUCUUUUUGGCAGCAUGACAAUACAGUACAUCGUUUUGAUAGUUGCAAAGUGCAUGCUCGUUUGAACACUUCAACUGGAGCAAGAACAAAAGAAAAAAAAAAUCUUGUAACGCAUCAAAAACUAUCCUUCAACUAAAUUGUAUUCACAUCGAAAAAAAAAU